AUGACUACGAGCCCUCCCCCUUUACCCGCGGCAUUGGCAGCUUUCAUCCAGGAUGAGCUUCACAACACCUUUGGGGCUUGGCUCAUAUGUGCCUGUGUAGCCUGCAUGUUGUUUGGUCUGACAACCCACCAAACGUACCGAUAUUUCCGUCUGUAUCCUAACGAUGGAAAGUCCAUGAAGAUGCUGGUCAACGCUAAUUUUUCGGACCAAGGUCGUAGCACUUCUUUACUAUUAUCUGGUCCUAAAUUAUCUGAACCCGUCUGCUUUGGGCUCAGGUGUCUGGAGGACAUCCUAGGUCUUUACGAGUACGUGGCGUUCAGCAUAUUUGAUUCCGCAAACCUUAUCAUGUUCUCGGAAGAUUUCCAUAACAGAGACAGUUCUUCUUACGACGCAUCUUCCUAUGGUUUACUCAUGAUAUCUGAGUUUGCAUUUGCCAUUGCUGUGACUGCCAUGACUUUCAUCCUUGUUACAUUCGGCGGAUUCAAGAGCCACAUGUGGAUGAUCUGGGUCUUGCUUGCAAAUGCGGUCUUGAUUGACGUGGUAGUCACCGGAUUCCUUAUGUUCUACCUUUGGAAAAGCAGAACAGGUUUCAAAAGGCCUUUCUACGAGCAUGCUCACGAUCCCGGCCAUGAUAUGUCCUUCUUGAAUGCCUUUCUCGUCCAGUCCAUUUCAAUGCCCGGAAACCUGUUGUGGAGCUCAAUCUACGUCGUGGCGUCCAAGAAUAGGGGCUUGGAGGGUUUCGAGACGGGCUCGUUUGGGCUUCAGAUCAUCGACCCUCGCGAUAUGCGUCCGAUGGACUUCAAGGCGCCCCUUCGUUCCCCGGCGCCGCGACAGAGCAUGAACCCGAACUCUCCGAACCUGAAGGUGAGCACCGGUGGUGCUACAACUGCCGAAUCCUCUGUCGCGGACACGGUCAUUGACAUCAAAGUGACGACAGAGACUUUCGUGGACAUCCCCAGCUCCACCCACGGGCACGGACAUGGGGCCCAGGGCGGCCCGCUUCUCCCCCACGCCGAUGAUAAAUCGGACGACCGCGAGUCCCUCUGA